CUUAAUCAAUGAUUCAUACUCCUUUAAUGAACAAAUCAAAUUUAACCUAUAAUGCACUUUACGAGGAGCAAGUUCAAAUUAUUUAGAAUUAAGACUAGGAAUUAAUUAAGAAAUCUGAAUAAAUCCUCUUUUUAAAAAAUAAACUAAGUGAAUUAGAGUGCAAAUUAGUUGACACGCAAGGAAUUUUGUUAAAUUUAUCGACUAGACUUUGUACAUAAAUUAGUACUGAGAUGAAUGAAAUCAUAACAGAUUAGACUGUUAGAGAAAGAAAAUCAAAAAGCUUCUUUAGCUUUUAAAAACCGAAAAAAAAUAAUAGACAAUUCAUUACAUAUUUAAAAAAAUAGAAUAAAUGA